AUGACCGAAAUGGCCUCAGUAACUGCAAAUGGACACAAAGCUAUUCUCUCUAGCUGUUGGUAUUUGAACUACAUAAAGUAUGGAGCUGACUGGGGAUACGUGGAUAAUUCCAACAUGAGGCUCCGUGGUUUGUACUACGAAUGCGAGCCGACGAACUUUGAAGGAACAGCUGCUCAGAAGGCUCUCGUGCUCGGAGGAGAAGCAGCGAUGUGGGGCGAAUUCGUGGAUGCCACUAAUUUAAUUCAAAGACUUUGGCCUCGAGCAUCCGCUGUAGCUGAACGUUUAUGGUCUGAUCCCGCGGCCACACAGUCUGCUGACGCAGCAUGGCCUCGAUUGCACGAGUUCAGAUGCCGAAUGAUGAAUCGCGGAUUCCCUGUGGAGCCACCGAACAAUCCGGAUUACUGCCCAUACGAGUGGGACCCGAAUUAUAAUGAAAUCUAG